UGCGUAAUCUCAUUUCCCAGCAGUCGCUUUGCGUCUUGCGCGUAUAGUUGUCGUUGUUAAAGAAUUCUUUCGUGUUUCUUAAAGAGGCUGUGUUGGGCUCAGUUUUGCCACGACUAAGUAAUGAAUUGUCAAGCGAAGGUCUACCAUGGAGGGAGUUGUCUAUAAAUGGACCAACUAUAUUAGCGGCUGGCAGCCUCGUUGGUUUGUUCUUGAGGGAGGCACUCUUUCCUACUAUGACUCUCAAGAAGAUGCAUGGAAAGGAUGCAAGGGCAGCAUCAAAAUAUCUGUGUGUGAAAUACAGGUUCACCCAUCAGAUUUCACAAGGGUUGACCUGAUCAUUCCAGGAGAACAAUACUUUUAUCUCAGGGCAAUUAAUGCAGCAGAGAGACAAAAAUGGCUUGUGGCGUUAGGGACUGCAAAAGCCUGUCUCACAGACAACCGAACCAAGAGAGAGAAGGAGCUCCAGGAAAACACAGAGGCUCUGAAAACAAAAAUGUCUGAGCUAAAGCUUUACUGUGACCUUCUCCUUCAGCAAGUGAGCAAAAUACAAGAAAGUUCUCUAGCGGAGACGACAGCUGAUUCAGGGAAGGUAGGGGACGAGACUGGAAAUCUAGUGAAGUCCACAUGCACCACUUUCUUGAAGACCCUGGAGGAGUGCAUGCAGAUUGCUAGCCAGACAUUCAGUCCAGAUCUUCUGAGUCGGACCCCUCCAGGCGCUCCUCCUGUGGCUACCAUCAAACCUCAGAAGAUCAAACUUACUGAUUCAAGAAAUCAGCACCCAGGAGAAAAACAAAAGGACUUAAUAAACACCUCAGGAACAUCAGCACAAGAGAGUGGACCAGAAAACGAACCGCCUCCAUCUCCUCAAGAAAACAUGCCUACAUCUCCUACAGGAAGUGGUUUAAUGGAGGACCAAGAGGAGUCCAUGGAGCCUCAUAAUGGCUCUUCAUCAAGCACACAGAAUCCUGAAAAAUCUGUAGGAGAGGAGAAGGACAUGCCGACAAAACAAGCAGAGCUUGCCCACGAAAAACAACAGGAAGUCUCACUGAGCCCCACACAGAACAAAGAAGAAGAGGUCAUUGAAGAAAUCCAGGCUGACCUGAAAGUGAAUGAGCCUCAGUCUGAGAAUAAACAGGAAGAGGAAGAUAAGGUGGACACAUUCUUCAGUACCAUGAGCCACAGAUUUAGUGAUAUAAUACUGGAGGACGACAGUGGUAUUCCCACACAGGCCUUUUUGGAUUCUUGCUAUGCUAUAGUACCAGUUUUAGACAAGCUUGGACCAACUGUCUUUGCUCCAGUUAAAAUAGAUUUUGUGGGAAACAUUAAGAAAAUCCAACAGAAGGUGGUGUCCGAUCCAGAGAAUUUCCCCACCCUACAGAGCAUCGUGCUGCAUGAGGUGGAGAUGGAGGUGGCACAGGUGCGGAACUCGGCCACAGAAGCGCUGCUGUGGCUUAAACGUGGACUCAGGUUCCUCAAAGAAUUCCUUUCUGAAAUCAAUACAGGGAUGAAGGAUGUCCAGGGAGCUCUUAGUAAGUCACAUGAUCAAAUUUGAAACCGUUGCACCUGAAAAUAACACCUGUGCUUUGUAAUGUCUCCUGCUGAUCGAGGUGUCUUUGCACUGGCUCUACGGGCCGCCCCGUCCUAUGAGGACUUCAUGGCUGCUCUGGUUUCUCAUGAAGGCGAUGAGCUGAAGGAAGGCUUUAUGACCGGCAUGCAUCGAGACCUGGAUAUCUACCUGCCAGCUAUGGAGAAGCAGCUGUCUAUCCUGGACGCUGUCUAUGAGGAGUACAGCUUGGAAUCAGACGAGAUCGUGUGACUGACAUGCACGCACCCGCACAGAGAACAGAGCCUGCUUCUGACGGAGCUCAUCGGUUUCAGUGGUGAAGUUUCGCCUGCUGUGGUAACCGAACCUGAAGUUAGUGUUGAAGAAGACAGGGAGGUUUCUGUGAAUGCAGGGCUUGCAAAGCCUGAUCAGUAAGAGUGUGUUGGAUGAUGUGGCAUCUGCAGACUCCAGUAACAGUCAUCCCUGCGCAAUUUAAAUGGCCGCCAUCAAAAUAAUGCUAGAUGAGGGGGGCAGGGUGUGAUUCCAAGUGUUUUCAGGGAACAGCUGUAUUUUUAGAAACCGUCAGUGCAGUGAUCAAGUGUUUUGUUGACAUUGGUUGUAUGUUUUUUCAUGCACUUUUAGGCACGAGAGUAUAAAGGGCAGAUAAGCUGUAGAUAGUGUUAGUGAAGGUUUACAGUUAAAGUGCAAAACUGCACUUGUGCUUUACUUCUCACUUGAAAUAUUGCAUUACUUUUGUUCAGAUACUCGCAUCUCAUUCGUUUUAGACUAGCACAAAACUAAGAACUUAUUCAGAGACUUUCGGGGAUUCAGAUAAACAUGCAGUGCGUUCGUAAAACCAAGUACUUAAGUAUACAGAUACUGUGGUGGGCUAUCUUUUGCAGUGACAUAAUCUUAGAUUAAACACAUUCACAACGGCUCUAGUUCGGGACUUGUAGGAUCAACUUGGUGAGAGGGACCAAAGGAGAGUUUCUUUUUCAUAUUUUAGUGGAGAGAUUUCCUACUAUAGAGUACAUGCAGCUGUGGCUCUACAAAAGGAAAGAUGUCAUGAUAUUUCCUCAGUGACUUUAUUUAUUGACUUCUUUAUAUGAAUAUUAAUUCUAACUGUUGAUUUUAUUGUAAGAAUCACACUAUGCUUACUCUCCAAUCAUAUGAAUGAUACUAAUUUUUGCAUGUUGCAUUGCAUGGGUUUUGUUUUUAUAUUUCAAAAUUGAUCAGAUUUAGAUUACUAAAUGAUUAGCACAUGAGGAUGACUGUUCUCUUAGGUUUACAUUUUAUUUUAACUGCAUUCCACAAAGUUUUAAACUAAAAUCUGACAAACCAUUGGCUUUAUAAAUAUGCCUUUCUAACAUUGUAAAUGUCAGAAUUUUCAUGUUGUUCCAAACCUGUAUGACUUUCUACUUCU